AACAACCCCCAUCAAAUCCACCCCCCUCCAGGAGGACAACGGCGUGGGGAGAGGGAGGGAGGGAAGACGGGGAGGACAACGCAACUCACAUGCCAACAUCGCAGCAGGCUCUGCUUCCAGGAAGCCAAUCCCGGGCGCUCCCGGGGAGCUCUGCCCCAGCGGCGCCGAGGGGAUGAGGAUGAGCCGCCGCCUCGCCCGCGCCGGAGGCGGCUGCAGCACCGCGGACAGCGCCCGCCCCGGCCGGCCGCGCUGAGCGGGUGGUUCAGCACCGCGGACAGCGCUACUUCAGCACCGCGGACAGCGGCAGCGCCAUGGGCGGCCGCGCCCGCGCAGCGCCGCGCCGCGCCCCGCGCAUCUAGAGUGAGUGAAGCGGACCCGGCCCCGACGCGCACAUGCUGAGAAACAGCAAUUACAAAGACAUGCAUCGAAGGCACACAACCCUUCGUGAGAAGGGCCGGAGGCAGGCCAUCCGGGGCCCAGCCUACAUGUUCAACGAGAAAGGCACCAGCCUGACUGCAGAAGAGGAACGUUUUCUUGAUUCUGCAGAAUAUGGCAACAUUCCGGUUGUGCGAAAAAUGCUGGAGGAAUCAAAAACCUUGAACUUUAAUUGUGUUGAUUAUAUGGGACAAAAUGCUCUUCAGUUAGCUGUAGGGAAUGAGCAUCUGGAAGUGACGGAACUCCUCCUCAAAAAGGAGAAUCUCGCUCGAGUUGGAGAUGCACUUUUGUUAGCCAUCAGUAAAGGAUACGUGCGCAUUGUAGAAGCAAUAUUGAACCACCCAGCCUUUGCACAAGGACAGCGUCUCACACUCAGUCCCCUUGAGCAGGAACUGAGAGAUGAUGAUUUUUACGCUUACGAUGAAGACGGAACUCGCUUCUCCCAUGACAUUACCCCUAUCAUACUUGCUGCCCACUGCCAGGAGUAUGAAAUUGUUCACAUCUUACUUCUAAAAGGCGCACGGAUUGAAAGGCCACAUGACUAUUUUUGCAAGUGCAAUGAAUGUAUUGAAAAGCAGAGGAAAGAUUCCUUUAGUCACUCUCGAUCGAGAAUGAAUGCCUACAAAGGAUUAGCCAGUGCUGCUUAUUUGUCUCUUUCCAGUGAAGACCCUGUCCUUACUGCUUUAGAGCUAAGCAAUGAAUUGGCCAGACUAGCCAACAUUGAAACUGAAUUUAAGAACGACUAUAGGAAGCUAUCUAUGCAAUGCAAGGACUUUGUUGUGGGGGUGCUGGACCUUUGCAGAGACACCGAAGAAGUAGAGGCUAUUCUGAAUGGAGAUGUGAACAUACAUUUGUGCCCUGAGCACCACCGGCCAAGUCUGAGCAGGAUUAAACUUGCUAUUAAAUACGAGGUCAAAAAGUUUGUUGCUCACCCCAACUGCCAGCAGCAACUGCUCACCAUGUGGUAUGAAAACCUCUCAGGCUUACGGCAGCAAUCUAUAGCUGUGAAGUUCUUGGCUGUUUUUGGGGUCUCCAUUGGCCUGCCCUUCCUUGCCAUAGCCUACUGGAUCGCUCCCUGCAGCAAGUUGGGACGGACCCUCCGAAGUCCUUUUAUGAAGUUUGUGGCACAUGCAGUUUCUUUCACAAUCUUCCUUGGACUGUUAGUAGUGAAUGCUUCAGAUCGGUUUGAAGGAGUGAAAAAUCUUCCAAAUGAGACCAUCACAGAUCAUCCAAAACAAAUAUUUAGAGUGAAAACAACUCAGUUCUCAUGGACAGAAUUGCUGAUCAUGAAGUGGGUAUUGGGCAUGAUAUGGUCAGAGUGCAAGGAGAUCUGGGAAGAGGGUCCACGUGAAUACGUGGUGCAUCUCUGGAACCUGCUGGACUUCGGGAUGCUGUCCAUCUUUGUGGCAUCGUUCACUGCCAGGUUCAUGGCUUUUCUCAAAGCAACUGAAGCACAACAGUACGUAGAUGAAUACGUUCAAGAUGAUGACCUCAAUAAUGUCACCCUUCCCCCUGAGGUUGCUUACUUUACUUAUGCCAGGAACAAGUGGCUUCCCUCGGAUCCUCAGAUCAUUUCAGAAGGACUGUAUGCAAUAGCUGUGGUACUCAGCUUCUCCCGCAUUGCUUACAUUCUUCCAGCCAACGAAAGCUUCGGCCCCCUGCAGAUCUCUUUGGGAAGGACUGUGAAGGAUAUCUUCAAGUUCAUGGUCAUCUUCAUUAUGGUGUUCCUGGCCUUCAUGAUUGGAAUGUUCAACCUUUAUUCUUACUACCUUGGUGCAAAAUACAACCCCGCGUUUACAACGGUAGAAGAAAGUUUUAAAACCUUAUUCUGGUCAAUAUUUGGCUUAUCUGAAGUGAUAUCUGUGGUGCUGAAGUACGAUCAUAAAUUCAUUGAGAAUAUUGGAUAUGUACUCUAUGGAGUAUAUAACGUGACUAUGGUGGUGGUGCUGCUUAAUAUGCUAAUAGCCAUGAUCAACAACUCCUAUCAGGAAAUUGAGGAGGAUGCAGAUGUGGAAUGGAAGUUUGCACGUGCCAAGCUCUGGCUAUCCUAUUUUGACGAAGGAAGGACUUUACCUGCUCCAUUUAAUCUAGUGCCAAGCCCUAAAUCAUUUUAUUAUCUCAUACUGAGAAUAAAAUUGUGCCUCAUAAAACUCUGCAAAUCUAAGGCCAAAAACUGUGAAAAUGAUCUUGAGAUGGGGAUGCUGAAUUCCAAACAACGGAAAGUUCGUUUUCACUCUAGCACUCGAAAUACAGAAAACUUUUCUGGGAAGAACGCUUAUAACAAGCCCACAAGAUAUCAGAAAAUAAUGAAGCGCCUGAUUAAGCGGUAUGUACUGAAGGCUCAGGUUGACCGAGAAAAUGAUGAGGUCAAUGAAGGAGAACUUAAAGAGAUUAAACAAGAUAUUUCUAGUCUCCGUUAUGAACUCUUAGAGGAAAAGUCACAAGCUACUGGCGAGCUGGCAAGACUAAUACAGCAGCUGAGCGACAAAUUUGGGAAGAACUUAAAUAAAGACAUUUGAUGGUGAACACAGAGAAAGGUAACUGGCUUUCUAAACAUUAUUCAGUCUCAACCAGCAUCCUAGGAGGGCAAAAAACAUGCAAAAGAUGGGUACUGCACACUCAAAUUUUGCUAACUAACAAGUAUUGGUAGGAGCACUUUACAUUACUCCUGCAUUUGAUGAGUUACCAGUUAAAUAUUUUAUGAUACAAAAGUGACUUACUGGUAAAAAUAUAUGCCCUUUGACAUCAGAAAUUGAUGCACCAUAGGGAAGGCAACUCCAGUUAAAGGCAAAAAAAGCUAGAUCUUCACCCAAGUGACUCUUGUGAAGACAAUGCAGAUGUGCUCAUUUAUAUCUACUGAGACUGUACUGAUCAGAAUUGGUUGAAGUCUGAAGAAAAAAUGUGCCAAUCAUAUUCCUUGAAAAAUUUUAAAAAUUCCUAUCCUUGGGUGUGUACUCUCCUUUUAUGUUUACAUGGGCAUCCAUGAAGAUAACCUUGAACAGCACUGUCGUUAAUGAGUUAAUAAGCAAAUGAGAAAUAAUCUACUGAAAUGACCAAGGCAAAGUAUGGCAGGUAGAGUUCAUCUACCUUUUAGACUGUGUGACAGCAUUGGAAAAAAUGGACCAAGCUUGAUGGGUAAAGCAUCAUUCCACCCCUCUGCUACAACCUGAUAAAGGGAUUCCCAGCCUGAAAGUCAUCUCAGCCUUUUCCAGUUAUAUUAGUUAGUCCGCUAAUGGAUACGGUCUCUUUGUACACACAUAACCUCUUUUUUACCCUUAGAUGAUCCCAGCUUCAACAAUGUUGUACUGAAAUAUUCAUAAUGAUGUAAAACUCACUUCCCAGGAAUGCCCAGAAAUAACAAAUAUUGUACUAAUGUGUUCAGUUCAAAAAGCAACAUUAAUCCAGCGGCAGUGAUGCAACUCAGCUCAGCAUUUGGAUUCCAGCAAGCCAUAGGGUGAGAUAAAUCACAAGGAACAUAGCCCAGGAGUUGCAAACCUUUAAAUCAAUACAAAAAGGCUUCAAUUCCACUGAGAACAUUCUGACAAAAACAGGAAAAAUCAUUGUGGAAAUUACUGUUUUAUGUGCUUGGCUCUUACAGAGGACCAGAAAGGGAUUAGAACUGUUUUAAAGGCCGCAGUAAUACCAGUACCCGGAUUGUACUUUUAUGACUGGCAAGUGAUGAGCAAGACAAUUACAGACUUGGAUUGCUUGGGUUUUUACGUUUAGCUACACGAUUUCAACUACUUAAAGCACACCUUACUACUUGGGAACCACUGAACUGUACUGUUUGUUUACAAGAAACACCUGUACAAUGAACAUUAUAUUUGGGUGUGAGCUGAGAAAAACAAGCAGAACCAGAAGGUGAUCUGUGAUCAGUUCUUAAGUGCCAGAUGAGAAUACAGAUAGCCUAAUAGAAUAAUAGUUAUAUUUGUACAAAAAAAAAUAAAAAAAAAUAAAA